AAAAGAUGGGAAAUGCAGAAAGCAAUGCCUAUCAGAAUCACCUUUCCAGAUUUCUUCCUGAGGAGCAAUCUGUCAUUGAUGGAGUAUUUGAUACCUUAUCAGGAUUGAGCGGCUCAGCUGGAGCAAAAAAUGGCAAAGGUACAAAGAAAACUGUGACUCUGGCAGCACUACAGGCGUAUAUGCGGGAGCCAUUACCAGAGCAAAUGACUGUUCGGUUAUACAACGGAAUGAAAAGUAUUGACCUGACUGGGAAAUCAUCUGGGCUGAGUGAACAGAUUGCUAAGGAGCAGUUUGUAAUUUUUAUGUCAAACCUCUUAAAAGGGAAUGCAGAUGAGAAGAUUACCAUAAUAAUGAGAAUGAUCUCCAAGACAGAAGGGCCUGUGAAGGGCAAACAAAUCCAAGAGUUCACAGAGGAUCUGAUCAUGUCUGUAGUCCAUGUACUGAGUUACAGGAAGGAACUGAAAGGUUGGAAUUCGGAGAAUACUAGGGAUUCUGCAAGUGGAGUAAAGGCUCUGGCUUCUCAGCUCCUAUCAGAAUUGAAGCUUGCAGAUGGGACAAAACCUGUGGGUCCUCAGCUGAUGGAGACAAAUUUUGAUCAAAGUGUCAUUGAGGAUUGGGUGUACAGAGUUCCACAGAUCUCAAUUUUCCUCAGUGUUGUUAUCAGGCAAGGCCUCCAUGUUCUGCAUUCUCUCCCAGACCAAACCAAAGACAUACUCAACCUGGUUCCAGGCUGCAAAGGCAUGAAAGGAAGAGGACUUGUCAGUCUCUUUGACAUCCCAUCUAUCAUAUACAUCAACUCCCUUCUGCCUGCAGAGCUACAGCACAAGUGGCAGCUUUUAUUUUCUUCUAGGCUUCAUGGAGAAAGCUUUUCACAGUUAUGUGGGCAUAUAGUGAACAAAGGUCCUUGUGUAGUGAUCUUAAAGGACUUAGAUGGUUAUAUCUUUGGUGGGUUUGCAUCUCACUCCUGGGAGGUGAAGCCACAGUUUCAAGGUGACAACAGAUGCUUUCUGUUUUCUGUUUUCCCUUCUCUUGCUGUAUACACAUACACAGGGUAUAAUGACCACUACAUGUAUUUGAACCAUGGCCAACAAACAAUGCCAAAUGGACUUGGUAUGGGUGGACAACAUGGGUACUUUGGACUCUGGAUAGACAGUGACUAUGGGAAGGGACACAGUAAAGCAAAACCUCGAUGUACCACCUACAACAGUCCCCAACUGUCAGCAAAAGAGGAUUUUACACUGGAUGCCGUGGAAGUCUGGGCAGUGGGAGACCUCCCUGAAAGUGCAGGGACAAAAGGUAAGAAGAGUAUCCUGGAUGUAGAUCCUGAGGCUCAAGCCUUUUUGGAAAUGGCUGGAAAAAGUCGUCAGAGCGAAGGUCUACGAGAACCCGUUGAAGAGGAGGAGGAGGAUGAUGAUUAA